AUGUUGGUAGAAGGGGGUUUUUUGGUGGGUGGGUUGAUGUUGUUUGGAUUUGUUGAUUGGGGUUGGUGUUUUGUGUUUUGGUAUAUGUUUUGGGUUGGGUGGGUGGAAUUGGGGGGUUGUGGUGGGGGGUUGGGGGAUUUGGAGGGGGGUGGGGUUUGGUGGGGGGGGAAGUGUGUGAGGGGUGAGGGGGAUAUGGUAGUAGGAAGUGGGGUUGGUGGGUUGUAUGGUGGAGUGGGAGAUAAGUUUUGGGGAGUUUUUGAGGGUUAUGGGGGUUUUUGGGGGGGGUUUUUGGAAUGGGGGAGGAUUGGAGGGAAAGUGUUGAUGGGGGUUGUUGGUGGUUUUGAAGAGUUUGAAGGAGGUGGGGAUAGGGGGGGGGGGGUGGUUGUGGGGUGGUUUGGGGGGAGAGAAAUCCCUCCCGAAUCAGCCUCACAGCGUGUCUCCAGAUCCUCGGUGGUCCUCAGUCCGACUAUGAACAUCAGUAGAAACUGUACGUCUGUGGCCCAUGGGGAGGGCCUGGCUGUGCUGCAGACUUUCUCCAUAGUGACCAUCACCCUUCUGGCCGGCCUGGGGAACCUCCUGAUCGUGGUCACUCUGUAUCGGAGGCCUUAUCUGCUCACGCCCAGCAACAAGUUUGUGUUCAGCCUGACGCUCUCCAACCUGCUGCUUGCGGCGCUGGUGCUGCCCUUUGUGGCUGUCAGCUCGGCCAGAAGAGAAUGGAUGUUUGGUGUGGUUUGGUGCAACUUCACUGCUCUGCUCUACAUGCUCAUCAGCUCGGCCAGCGUCAUGACACUCGGGGCUAUUGCUAUUGACCGAUACUACGCAGUGCUGUAUCCCAUGAUUUACCCCAUGAAGAUAACGGGAAACAGAGCCGUGGUGGUGAUUGCGUAUGUUUGGCUGCAUGCUCUGGUGGGCUGCCUGCCGCCUCUGUUCGGCUGGUCGUCUUUCGAGUUCGACUGCUUCAAAUGGACGUGUGUAGCUUCGUGGCACAAAGACAUGAGCUACACUGGUUUCUGGGUGGCCUGGUGCAUCCUCCCUCCCUUUGUCGCUAUGCUGGCCUGUUACGGGGUCAUUUUCCGCGUGGCUCGUAUGAAGGCCAGAAAAGUGCAUUGUGGGACAGUCAUCGUGGCUCAGGACGACUCCGCAGCUCAGAGAAACGGACGCAAAAACUCCAGCACGUCCACCUCCUCCAACGGAAGCAGACGCAGCCUUAUCUACUCUGGCAGCCAGUGCAAGGCCUUUGUCACGAUCUUAGUGGUGAUAGGGACCUUCCUGGUGACCUGGGGCCCCUACGUGGUGGUGGUCUGCUCUGAGGCAGUGUGGGGACAAGCCAGUGCGUCUCAAACGGUGGAGACUCUGGUGGCGUGCCUGUCCUUCUGCAGCGCUGUGUGCCAUCCGCUCAUCUACGGCCUGUGGAAUAAGACGGUUAGGAAGGAGCUGCUGGGCAUGUGCUUCGGAGAUCGCUACUACAGAGAGUCUUUUGCGACCAGACACAGGACCUCGAGGCUCUUCAGCAUCUCCAAUAGAAUCACAGACCUGGGUAUGUCCCCACACCUCACAGCUCUGUUGGCCGGAGGAGGGCAUCUGGUGGCGCCCGGCAGCAGCACGGGAGACACUGGCUUCAGCUUUACUCAGGACUCAUGUACAGAUGUGAUGCUGCUCGAUCACUUCUCCUUAGACGACUCCUCCCACUCUCUGUCCCAGGGGAAUGCGAGUGGGAAGAGGAGGAGCUCCGUCACCUUUGAAGACCAGGUGGAGCAUUCCAAAGCUGAGAACGCGUCCUCUGUCCAAGUUCACGCGGAGAUGCACAAGUCCCUGGACACAUUUGCCUCCAGUUUAGCAAAGGUGAUAGAAAACGACGUUAAAAUGACUCUUUUCGGAGACGGGCUGGUUUUACCCGCGGGACUGUUCACGACCAGAGCGACGCCACGGCCAAGGUACCAGGACGGACAGAGACUGAGGCUGGAAAGCAUAGACGAAGGAAUAGUCAAAGAUGACAAAGAUGAAGAAGGACUCGACACGGGGGAAAAGUUCUCCUAA